AUGGGUGAAGCUGUCGAGCUUUGUAGGGAAAUGGAGAAUGAGGUCAAUGGUGCUGCUGUUCCAGCAUAUCACCAUCUCCGGAAGGCAUCCACACCAUACCUUGUGGGCGUCCGCGCUGCUGCCGGUCAGCUCUGCCACCUUCAAUCUCAGUUUCAGUUUCAGACUGAGGCGUGUGAAUGCAGUUCUGUACUGGAGGAGGGUGAAUUCCACAGACUGGCCGAUUCCACAAUACAUAGCGUACAAGAGAAAUUAGAGGAUUAUGGAGACAUGGUUGAAGUUGAUGGAUUUGACAUAGACUAUGGGAAUGAUGUUUUGACUGUAAAACUUGGCGAUCUUGGCACCUAUGUAUUGAACAAACAAACACCAAAUAGACAACUUUGGCUGUCUUCUCCGCUGAGUGGUCCGUCAAGGUUUGAUUGGGAUCGGGAUACCAAAGCUUGGAUUUAUAGGCGGAACAAAGCAAACUUGUAUAAAAUUUUGGAAGGUGAAUUGGAGCAGUUAUGUGGCAAACCUAUAGUUCUUUCCUAA